AUGGCUGGCGUUGCUUGGCACUACGUUCUCAAGUUCAUCAUAACCGGUGAUGCCGCCGUGGGGAAGUCAUCGUUACUCAUCCGACUCACGGACCAGCGAUUCCUCGCAAACCCGGACCCUACACUAGGCGUGGAGUUCGGCUCGAAGCUUAUCACCAUUCCGGAGGAGAACAAGGUCGUGAAGCUUCAAUGUUGGGAUACUGCUGGCACGGAGUCCUUCAGAUCCAUCACACGGUCGUAUUACCGGGGAGCUGCAGGCUGCUUGCUCGUGUACGACGUUACGAGCCGACAAAGUUUCGUGAACGUGCGGUCGUGGCUGCAAGACGUGCGCGAGCACGCGGACCCGCACCUCACCUGCAUCCUCGUCGGGAACAAGAUCGAUCUCUGCACAGACGAUCCGAACGCGCCCGCCCCGAAGCGCAAACGCGAAGUGACGACGGAGGAGGGCGAGCUGUGGGCGCAGGAGGAGGGGCUGCUGUUCCUGGAGGCGAGCGCGAAGUCCGGCGAGAACGUCGAGGCAGCGUUCGAGCGUGCGACGCGCGACAUCCUCGAGAAGGUCCGCCGUGGCGUGUUUGACGACGACAGGUCGCCGGGCGUCAAGCUGUCGAAGCCUUCGAGCGGGGUGGCGCUGGACGAACAAGCCAAGGGUGGCUGCUGCUAG